AACAACCACCAGGUCCGGAUUCUUCAGCCACCAGCGCGACGACCCCAGCAUCUCACCACCGUCGAUACAUUUCCUCCACGAUCCAGACUUCCUAUGUAAGCCUGCUUUCACCGAAGCUGCAUAUGUCGGAUGCCACUUCGCUGCCUUUGCUACGACGGUGAGGCGCCUGGCACACGAGGGGGAUCAAGGGCUGAAAUCCGAGAGCCUGUACUGGCACCGGCGCGCCGAUUCCAUGGCGAUGGACCAGGAUGCCAGCUCCGAACUGCAAAGGACAGCUUCACAUCGCUCGGCCUCUUCCGCCAGGAGCCAGCGAUCCCAGACCGUGCGGGUUAAGCCCCGAAAAUACUCCUCGUACAUAUCAAGCUCAGCGUCUUCCAUCUCCGAUAAAUCCUUGACCUCGUUCCCUUCCUUUUCGCCGGAAUCACCAAGAGAUGCGCGACCACUGCCACCAAGGUUAACGGACGGGACGGCGAGGUCUUCUCGGCAGGCCUCCAACCCAUCGUCCAUUGUGGAAAGCUUGACCUCGUCCUCCCCUACUCGGAAGAGCCGUGCGGCCCUAUUCGACGAUACCCUCCUCGGUGCAAAACAUGUUCCUGGAGCGCUUCACCUUGCAAACGACGAGCAUAUUGAGCGAUGGAUUGCGCGGAAUGGAGCGGUUGCUUUGGUCAGGCAGAUAGCUGGGGACCUAGCUCAACGAGAAGCGCAGAUAACGACUCUGCAACGCAGAGCCGAGGAGAGGGAGAGGGCUUUGAGGAAGAUUAUCCUGGAAUGUGGGCUGUCAAGCCUAGAUAUAGAGACCCGAUUGCGGGCCAUCGAAAGCGAACAGAAGGCAAAUGAAGCUUCGGCUAGGGAUUUGACUGCAAGUGAGGAUGGGUUACAGAACUUAAUGAACGAUGCUAUGAGUGAUACGGUUGCGUUUGGGGACCUGCAUUCAAGGGAAAAUGAGGCUACGAUACGUGCGAGCGAUGCACUGAAAGCCUUACAGACCAACAAGCCAGCCAACGCUUCAGGGGGCUGGCGAGACUAUCUGUGGGGGACAGGUACGAGCAGAAAGAACAGUCGUGCAAGCAGCGCUAGUAGAGAGGCCGCUAACGGUGUUAAACCAACGGCUUCAACAGUGCGGACUGGUGGCACAUCUAGUCGGCCGACGGUUUUGGAGAGUGGAAUCUUUCAACCUCCCGAUUCUAUGAGUGCGAGCCGUGCGUCCAGUAUCAACUCAACCAACCUCUCUAGUGUGACACGUGAGCGAAAGUCUUCGUCUGGCUUGGCGGCAUUUGCACUCAAGCUUGUUGCGGGAAAUGCAACCGUUGGUCGAGACGUUGAUGCUAAAGCGCGCGGCCGAGCAAGCAGUACGGGGACACCUAGCCAUGAUAGAGCCCAGUCAUCAGCCAGCUCAAGGACAACGAAGUCAGCCAUGGCGGCACCUCCUAAAGCUGUCGCAAAAACGGUAUCGACGUCGCGGAAGUCAACUCUGAGUCAAGGGCGAGGGCUUCCACAGGACAGAUGGGAUACCAUGGGUACCAGUCCACAAAACACCACUUCAGGAGGGAAUGCGGACAAUUAUGGCCCUGUCGAAAUGGAUGCCAUCUUGCCACCAGAUGCCCAACCACCGACUGUGAUGCAAAUGUACAAUAACCCUUAUAGCCAGGAGUUUUUGACCGAUCGAUUUGGGUUUAUUUACGACCAGCGUCGUAAGAGGAGACAAAAGGAAGCAGCUGAAAAUAUCAAGAAAACCAAGAGGGGCAGUCGAGUUGAAAUGCUCAGCAGUGCUCGAAAUGGGAUGUCUGUAAUGUCGUCGGAUAGUGCAGAUGAGGAUUUCGGUGACGAAAGGCCUGCUACACCUACUUCCACGGAGGAGAGAGGCGAAGAUGAGAAGCCAAAACGUUGGCAAGACUACCUUAAAAUUGCAACUUUCCCAACAGAGCUACUGUCGCAUACACCGUCCGGCAGCGUGCCUGCUUUCGAAGUCAUGGAAGGUGGUGAAGUACCCCCGCGUUCGCCAGGAAUCACGGCCGAAGAGAGAGGUUUCUUGCCAUCAGCAGCAAGCACGACAGCAGCUUCGCCUACAGUAUCGAUGUCUUCCGACAAUGCUACAAUAUCAAAUUCUGCCACAGAUGGACCUGUUCCAGCGCUCACGAGUGAGGAUGCAGAGCCUGUAAAGCUACUCUUGAAGCAAUUGGGGGAAGUUCAUGACUCUCUUCAACGGGAGAAGACCGUCAAAUGGAAUGAGUUUCUUCGCAAAGUCCGGGCAGAACGGAGACGAGACGGUCAAGCAGCUGCAGCCGCUCUAGCAGCAGAUACGCGCUCGCAGCGACCCACGGCUAUCAUGCCCGAAGCCUCUCUAGCAGACGGUGAAAUGAUCGGCGUUGCUGGGCUAGGGAACAAGGGCAAAGUUGGGCGUGCAAAAUGGAACGAGUUCAAGUCUCUCGUUCUUGGUGGUAUUCCCGUUGCUUACCGUGCCAAAAUAUGGGCCGAGUGUUCUGGAGCUGCUGCUCUUCGCAUCCCCGGCUACUACGAUAGUCUCGCAGGUCGCAGCGAAAGCGAAGAUGACCCGGCAGUUGUAGCACAGAUCCAGAUGGACAUCAAUCGCACCUUAACCGAUAAUAUCUUUUUCAGAAAAGGUCCUGGAGUUCAAAAGCUCAACGAAGUCCUUCUGGCGUAUUCACGAAGGAACGCUGAAGUAGGUUAUUGUCAGGGGAUGAACUUGAUCACAGCAUGUCUCCUCCUGAUUAUGCCAACCGCGGAAGAUGCAUUCUGGGUCCUGACUAGCAUAAUCGAAAAUAUCCUCCCUCGCGGCUACUACGACCACAGUCUCUUGGCGUCCCGAGCCGAUCAACAGGUCCUCCGCCAGUACGUCGCACAGCUCUUGCCGAAGCUUUCACUUCACCUCGACUCACUCAACAUUGAGCUCGAGGCUCUCACCUUCCAGUGGUUCCUCAGCGUCUUCACCGACUGCCUCUCUGCCGAAGCUCUGUUCCGCGUAUGGGACGUCGUGUUCUGCACUAACGACGGCAGCACCUUCCUCUUCCAAGUUGCACUCGCUCUGCUCAAACUCAACGAGCAACAGCUCCUCCAUUGUUCUACCCCAGCGAGUAUCUACACCUACAUCAAUCACCAGAUGACAAACCACGCCAUCAGUAUCGACGGGUUGAUCCACGCGUCCGAGGGACUGAGGAGGGUCGUGAAGAGGGACGAUGUUGAGAACCGCAGGGCUAAAGCUAUCGAAGCAGAGAAAGACAUCGUCCGACAGCGAGAAGCCAGGAACAAUCUCCGGCGCGCCGAGCGGAUCGCCGCCGCCUCGGCCACCUGCACGCCACCGGAAUCCCAGCCAGAAGAUUCGAGCGAAGCAGCAGGGGCCGAGCCCGGGCACGACGCAAAGGGGGAAUCGACAGCAGCGCCACGCGAAUGAAACAUGGAUUUGGGAUAGAUAGGCCGGCGUGUUGACAUUUCAAGCGGGUUAUUUUUUUCUGUCUUUUUGGGAACGAGAUAUAUACCCCCCUUGUUGGUUGGUGUUUUGUUGAUAGAUGGUGGAUACAUGUCAUUGUUGGCGGGAUGGAUGGAUGGAUGGAUGGGGGAUUCAUACUGAGUACAUAGUAGGAUGACGGGUAGUCAAAUCACAAACCCACUUAUACAUACCAUUUCUGCUUGCUCUUUG